AUGCUGGCGUGGGUACGUCUGAAUCAAUGGAUGUUCCCAACGGAUCAGGAGGUAUUAUCCUUCCUCCUGAUGAACAUGAAGGAUGUAGCAGGGGCCUGGGCCCAUCCCCAUCUUGAUCAACUUGGGUCCCAUAGGGCCCUGACCCAAACAGUUGAUGAGUUCAGGAUGGAGUUCUUGGCUGCAUUUGGGAAUCUGGAUGCCAUGCAAGCCGCUGAGCGGCAAAUCACCAACCUUACUCAGACAGGCACCUGUGCUGAGUAUAUCACAAAAUUCAGGACCAUUGCCAUGGACCUGGAUUGGAGCAACUCCACCCUCUGUGGGCAAUUUGCACAUGGCCUCCAUUGGGAGGUCAGCCGCCUCAUUGCCACACAUGAGCAGCAACCCACCACCCUCCUGGAGCUGCAGAACGCGGCCCUUGUCAUCAACAAUGCCCUCCAAGAGGAGUGCACCAGCCACUUGCAGAAGGGUAAUAAGCCUGGCUCCUCCAACUCUACUCCCAAUAGGGGGGCAAGUACCGGCCAACAGGCCACAAGACCAGGGCGCCUAUCCAGGGAUCCUAACUUUGUUAGCCACAAGUUUGCAGAAUGCUGCACCGGCUGGAAAGCCACACCUAAGGAGGAAGGUGUUAAAAAGGAAGCUGCCAAAAUUGGCAAAGAGUCUGGACCCAAUUUGGGAAAAGACUAA